AUGAACCUCCCCAGCCCUGCCGGCUACGGCAAGCGCACUCUACUGCCCGCCCCCACAGCAGACGAUGAGGUUCAGGCGAGGAAUGAAGAGGCCACCACGCCAGGCCAGCCAUCGAAGACACUUCCCAAGCGAAUGCAGAUAACGGCCGUGGCCUGUCAGCCUUGUCAACAGCGCAAGAGCAAGGUCGGUUGCGACACCCUUCAACAAGCUGCCCGGCGCGACGAGACUGACGUGAGUGCUGUACAGUGCGACGGUAUUCGGCCGAUAUGCUCGUCCUGUGUUGCCAAACGGAGAACAGACUGCGCUUACGAUGCUGCCGGCGACCAGAGGCGAACGGCGGCGCUCAAGCAGCGCAUUCGGGCCUUGGAGAAACAGGCCGUAGACCUUAAAGCCAUCAUUAGCGGCAUUUGCCUGUCUACCGACAAAGACGCGGCAAUACUGGUUGCGCUGCAACUGCAAGCCGACCAGUUUCGGAGUCUUGAUCAGGCCGCUUCGACACUGCGAAUUCAGGGCUUCGAAGAUGGCAGUGUGGACCAAAGCUAUCGUCUGGACGCAGGCCUGUCGUCAGCCAACCAAGGGGAUCAGACAUAUGCACUUCCACCACUGUACACGUGGAACAUCGAUCCGGCCUUAGCACAGGAUCUGUCCUUUCCCCUAGAACAGAGCUCUUCCUGGGCUUCGAGUAUGCCACCGAGAAGGGCCGGCCCUGGUUCAGUAUGGCCUGGAAUGAUUCCUUCAGGCAGCAUGGUCAAUGCGUCGCGAAUGGCCGCGCCCUUGUCGCCAGCGAACCUGCGUGGUGCAUCGCAGUGGGCGGGAAUGGAGAGCCCCGUGGAGGCGUCAGAUAGUGACUGGCAAAGUAUCGCGAGAUCCAGCGCGUAUCCGCGGUCGCUAUUCGAUCAAGGCCAAGCUCCAGACCCGGUGCACCGUAAAGGCUCGUUCCAGUUAUCUUCGCCAGCCCACAGUCCGGCCCUGACGCACAGCGUACGGGAGGAGCCGUUGACCACUGCGCUGGGCGACGAUACGCGGCAGAGUCGUUAUCGGCGGUACUGGUACAAGGCGCCGAGGCAUGCGAUGCACAUCAACAUGUGUGCUAGCGCUGCUGGGCUGUCCGUAAACACACGCGAGGACAAUAUCCAGCUUGAUGAUACUCCAGUACCAGUCCACGCACUGCAGCCAAACAAUGAACCGGAUGACCGUGUGGAGAGUCGAAUAUAUACCGACUUCAUCCACAUCAAAAGACGAUUGGUCGAGCAAGGAUGGCCGAUCGACGAUGCGCUUGGCAACAGUAUCGUCAAUCCAGAGGCCUUUCUGGACAGAUCUAAUUCGCGUGAAACCGGCAAUCCUCAGAAAUCGAUCUGUGACUGGGCGUCCGAUGCUGUACAUUUGAUCGAAGGGAUGCAAACGCCGGAGAAGCUUGCGACAAUGAUAGUCAUCGUGCGGCUCAUGCGGUGGCGAAUAAUACCAACUCUUGAGCACUACGAAAACGUGCCAGAAUGCAUGCGACCAACACCGGUACAGAUCCUUGUACCUCAUCCGGCCUGGAUCGACUUUUUACCUUGGCCUGAAGUACGGGACGUUUUCAUAACGAACCCAGAGAUCAUAACUGCUGGUGAUCCCUUGAAAGUUUUGUCGGCAUGUACCAGCGUAAACUGGCCGUGGUCGACGGCUGAGGCGAUUUACGCCCCACAUCUUGGAACUAAAGAUGUCUGCAUAAGCCCGCAAUUCGAACGAUAUAUCGAGGACAUCAACAACUGGUCCCUCUCGCCGGAUUGCUUGGCCAUAUUCCCUGACCUGGCCGAUAAGGCAUGGAUCCGUGGGGUUGAUGGCGAGGACGAAGAGAUAGGACGUCCGGAUGAGAAGUAG